AUGAUUCUUGAUACAAAGAUUGGUCCGUGUUCAGUGUACUCAGAUGACAGUUAUGUAAGUGUGAGACUGGCUUUGACUCAAGUCUGCCCAAGGUUGGGGAGAGCUGAUGCCAGAUCGAAGAAGGGCCUGAAGGAAAGAUGUUUUGUUGAAGCACUGGCGAAUUCUCCUGUGGUGAACAAAUGCCAAACUGAUGAUGGUGAUCAUGAAUUUGCUCUGUUGAGUAGUGAAAUAAAACAAAUUUCUGACGAUUUGGUGUCGGCGUGGGUGAUUUAUUGUAAACAGAUAAAUGCCGCACCUAGUUUGAAGCGAUUCUGUAGGGAGAUGGAAAGAAUCUAUAGGAACUGUCCGGAAUUUGGGCAUCAAAGGAACUGGUGGUUGACGUUGAGGUGUCAUUUGUUUCUACAGCCUUAA